AGAGCAUAUAAUUUGAUUAAAAAAAAAACAGAGCAUCAUAAUAAAAAUAGAAUAAGUAAAGAAAGAAUCUUCCUUUACGCACUCUGAUUCUCUCCUCUCCUCUCCACUGCUCUCAACAGAGUCUGAAGAGCCAAAAGAGACGACUUUCACACACAUCUCUCUCUCUCUCUGUCGCAUCAAUGGCAAUCACGUCGUGCUUCUUCUCUGUUCCAACCCCAAACACAUCAUCCAUCACUGAAUCAAAUCUGACAUGGCCUCACCUCUCCUUCUCUCCUAGACUCUCUUCCUCAUCCUCCUUUACCGUAAAGUCCAUCUCUUUCAAUCGCCGCGUCACUAUUUCCCCUGUUUUCUCCGCCUCAAUCGACAACAGCGGCGGCUCCGACAACAACAACGGAGGAAGCGGCGGCGGCGGUGGUGGUGGUGACGGAGGGAAGAAUAACGGUGAUGGAGACGGUGGUGAGGACAGGGACAGGAACAGGAGCGAGGCGAUGAUGCUAUUGGCUGAGUCAGGGACAGAGUUGGAGAGUCUUCCAAAGGAUCUAGCAGCUGCUAUUGAGUCGGGUCGGAUCCCUGGAUCGGUUAUCACCCGGUUCCUUGAGCUGCAGAGAUCGGCUGUGAUGAGGUGGCUGAUGCAGUUUGCUGGGUUUAGAGAAAGGCUGUUGGCUGAUGAUCUCUUCUUGGCUAAACUCGCCAUGGAAUGUGGUGUUGGUGUCUUCACUAAGACUGCUGCUGAGUAUGAACGGCGGAGAGAAAACUUCUUCAAUGAACUUGAAGUUGUCUUUGCCGAUGUGGUGAUGGCUAUCAUUGCUGACUUCAUGUUAGUUUAUCUUCCUGCGCCUACUGUGUCUCUUAGACCACCUCUUGCUCUUUCUGCUGGUGGUAUUUCCAAGUUUUUCCACAACUGCCCAGACAAUGCCUUCCAGAUUGCUAUUUCUGGGACCUCAUAUUCUCUCUUGCAAAGGCUUGGCGCUAUAGCUCGUAAUGGGGCUAAGCUAUUUGCCGUUGGCACCACAUCAUCACUGGUUGGUACUGCUGUUACAAAUGCAUUUAUAAAAGCAAAAGGAGCUGUGGACAAGACUUCUGAAGGUGAAGUCGAGACUGUUCCAAUUCUCUCCACAAGUGUUGCUUAUGGUGUCUAUAUGGCAGUUUCCAGCAACCUAAGGUACCAAGUAUUGGCUGGUGUGAUAGAACAACGUCUCCUUGAGCCAAUGCUACACCAACACAAACUUGCACUCAGUGCCAUGUGUUUCGCUGUUAGAACUGGCAACACCUUCUUGGGUUCCUUAUUAUGGGUGGAUUAUGCACGCCUCAUAGGUAUCCAGAAAUCUCAUUGAUAAAUCAGAAGAACAUGAUGAGCUCGAUUCAGACAUGAUCUGCUUCAUCUUACGUAUACGAAACUACGUUCUUCAUUCACGAUUUGUUGCUGAUUUUUGAGUUAUUUUGUCCUAUUUUCUACAAAACUAGUCGAUGUUUCCAUGCAAACCAAGGCUUUUUUUUCACAAAGCACAUAAAAGACUUUAUGCAUUUGAGUUUUGAAACACUCUCACUGUCAUCUAUUUCACUGCAACUAGAAAU